AUGCACGUGGGAGGCGCAUUUAUGCCCGAGGCGCUCGUGGUGUGGGAUCCCGACGGUGAAACAUUGACAUACGGUGAUUUACGAUACAGCCGUCAAGAUCUGGUGGAUAAGGUGUUGCUGGCCGUACGGCAGAUGCGACGAGUCUUCUACGAGGAUCUAUGCUUCGGGUUGCCCGACUUACCCGUCAUCCCGCUGCUAACCCGGAUCACCCAAGAUCCCCGGCUGCGGGACUUGGUCUUUCACACCGAACAGUACGAGCUCGACGAGGGCGGUGGGUGGCCCGUCCGGUCCGACUUUGCGCAGCAGUAUGCCGUGGCCGACGAGGCGUUCAAGGAGGCUCUCCUGGUGGCUAUGCAUAAAGGCUCGGGCCAGCCAGCACGCCGCACCGAGUUUCUGGGGAUCCGGUGGCGUAAUUCCAACCGAGGAGUCCGUAACUUUCGACUGCUAUUCGACUAUGCGUGCUUCAUCUUGACAUACCAUAAGGCCCAGACCCGCACCCACGCGUCUCGCGCUCCCGUCCGCUUUCUGUGGGGGCCGGUCAAGGAGCUGUGGGUUCUGUAUUUAUAUAUUGUCCAGCCGUUUCGGAUUUUUCUUUCCGAGCAGUGUAAUAUCCCCGAAGAGGUCGGUGACUAUAUAUUCGAUCAAGGUCGCAAGACAUGGCCGGAGAAGCGGAUGACCGCCGUGCUGACUCGAAUGAGCGAACUGAGCUUAGGGAGGGCGGUAUCGGUACAGAAAUGGCGGCAGAUCGCCGUGGCAUUCGCGGUCAAGUACUUUAGUGGUCAGCACUUCGAGGCCGAUGCGGAUGUGGCCGGUGAAGAGGAUGAUGAUGUGGACGAGACCACCCGCACCGACGGGGUCACAUUACCCGCUUCAUUUCACGCCCAGGCUACGCAUAGUGGUCGCACCGGCAAUCGGAUCUACGGUGGUCGCACGGUCAACUUCGCCGGGGCUCUGACCGAUGCGGGUGUGCAGGUGUACUACCACACCAGUAAGCUGUGGUGGACGCUGUUUGAGGACGAGGUCCGCGCCGAGCUCCGUGGGCAUAAACGCACUCGUCCCGAAUCCAUGCCGAAUGCCGGUCCGUCGCUCCCCCAGAAGCUGGCUCGUCGUCAUCUCACGAGUCGUCGGAUCGUCUGGGGUCCGGUGGAGGUGCUGCAGGCACUGCGUCGUCUGUACAAGAAUCCCCAGGCGCAGUUUCGGUCGGAGAUCCAGCAGUAUAUGGUCGAAACGGUGGCAUCUCGGUACGGCGAAGUCGUAGUCAUUCUGGCGACCGGCGGCGGCAAGAGUCUGGCAUUCAUGGUGCCCGCAUUUCUGCCGAAUUCCAGCACCACCGUGGUGGUGACGCCACUGGUGGUGCUGAAGCAAGACAUGCAGCGCCGCUUCAACGACGCUGGCAUCCGAUACUCGAUCUGGAGUGGCCAUGGACACAGUGAGCGCUUCAACGGCACCCCGGUGUUGUUUGUGUCGGCCGAGCAGGCCGUCGGCCAGCCAUUUCGCCAGUGGAUCGGUCAACGUGAUGCCAAUCGACUCUUGGACCGCGUGGUGUUUGACGAGGCGCAUCUUAUUCUCACCACAUUGUCAUACCGACCCAAGAUGGCUCGGCUGCGGUUUCUGCGUUCACUGCGGUGCCAGAUGGUCUUUCUGUCGGCCACGUUACCCCCCGUCAUGAUGAAGGACUUCUGUCGGCUGAUGCACAUCGAGCAGCCCGUGGUGGUGCGGGACCGGACAUUCCGACCCGACAUCCGGUAUCUCGUCGAGCGACAAGCGGCCCGUCCAGGCGGUGGUGACGAGGAGGAUUCGUUUAAGGACUAG